ACACUGAUCGUCUGUCACUGAUACGUGACGCUCAAACCCUGCAGAUCUAAGAAACACCGGACAAAUAUAUUUUACAUUUCAAACACCCUUCAGUUUUAAGUACAUCAGUGUGAUUUCAUCAGUCUUUCUGAAGAAUGUUCAGCCUUUUCUGUUUGGUUUUUCUGCUCAUGAUUUCUGUGAAUUGCAGUCAGAGAUGGGAGGUUCAGUACACAGAUAUGAUGAAAUGUGCUCUAAAGGGUUCAACAGUACAUUUAUCAGCCAGUUAUAAACACCCAAAUCAUCUCAACGUGAAAGAUGAAUUCUGGAUUGUAAACCCAGUUAAAGAUGCAGAACCAGUCAAUCUGUUAAAUCAUCCAAAUUACAGAGGAAGAGUUCAGUUCUUCCGGACAGACGGCCUCUUCUUUCUCAAUCUCAGUGGUGUGAAACAUGAGGAUGAAGGAAUAUACUGCAUCAGAAUCCUGGCAGAUGUAGAUAAAGAAAGAUUUCAUGGUUAUCCUGGGAUUGAGCUCAAAGUGACAGAUCUGAGAGUGGAGAUUCCUGAAGAGGUCGUUGAGGGACAGUCACCUGUUUUAGUUUGUAAAAGCACCUGUAAACUCUCAGAUAAAGCAGACUUUACCUGGUAUAAAGACGGAGAGGAGUUAUCAGAAGGGAUGAACCUGAAUCAUCUGUGGCUGCGGUCGGUCAACAGUGAAGAUACAGGAAACUACAGCUGUGCAGCGAGAGAUCAGAAACAUCUGCCUUCUGCUGCCCUCACUCUCAGUGUUAGAUAUCCUCCUCGGAGCGUCCGGGUGUCCGUCAGUCCUUCUGCUGAAGUAGUGGAGGGAGAUUCAGUGACUCUGAUCUGCAGCAGUGACUCAAACCCUCCUGCUCUGAACUUCAGCUGGUUUAAGGAGAAUCAAAGCUCAGCUGUUGGAUCUGAACAGAGUUUGAUCAUCUCCAGCUUUAACUCCAGUCACAGUGGACUCUACUAUUGUGAGGCUCAGAAUCAACUUGGCUUUCGGAGAUCAGCGUCUGUGUCUUUAACAUCUGCAGGUGUUCAGAAAACCGCUCUGUACGCAGCUGCUGGAGUCGGGGCUGGGAUCGUCUGCAUCUGCAUCAUUACUGUAGUAAUAAAACUCAUCAGGAAGCGAGUGACUCCGUCAGGAUCAGGACGCAGUAAGCCGCUGGAGUCUCCUGAAGACGCCUACAUGAGCCUUGAGCCCAAGUCCAGAUGUUCUGAAUACGACACGCUGGAUAACAUGAAGAGAUCCUGUGAAAACACAGAGCACUCUGAAGAUCAGGAGGCUAUAUAUUACAACAGCAAUUACUGAACAAUUAAUGCUUUGAUGUUUGUUCAUUAUAUAUUUUCUCGCUCAUAUUAAUCAGUUUGAUGUUUGCUUCUGUGCUUUAAGAAAACGCAUUUCUUCCUGCCAUUUGUGUGAUCAGAUGAUGAUAGUGAGAUUGGAAAGUUAAAAAUAGUUGUAGUAGCUCAGAACAUUACUUUUUUUUAAUUGUACACAAAACACCAGCUAAAUAUGAUUUCUCCGGAUGAACGUAUUAAGAUGAAUUAUUAGGGCUCCAAACACCUUGUACGUUUUUGUGUUGCUUUCAGUUUUGAUAAAUGCAGUGUUUCUGUUGAAGACUGCUUGGAUAGUAGUAUCUUAACCGUGCAUUUACUUGUGUUUUUAUCUUGACCUUUUCUUCGUUCGAUUGUUGACUAGGAGCAUUGAGAGUGUUAUUUUUAUCAGACAAUAAAACAUUUUUCCAUA